AUGAGUGGGAACCACCGGCUUUGGUCACACCUGUACCUGCCCCCGCUGAGGACGCUCCCACAGCACUGCGGAGGGGGAGAAGGAGGAGCAGAGAAGCUAAACGUGUUCCUCUGCCUCAUGGAAGUUCAGAACGCUGGAAUAAUGUUGACGAACUGGACAUUGUUCCCAGACAGUUUCCAUUCAGACCCGCAAGAGAACCUGGACCUCAGCCCAGGAGCAUGCUGGGACAUGCACAGUUCCUACGACCUGCCGUUUCCUUCAGCUGCGAUGUCCAGGAACACAUUCAUGCGCAUGUGCCGCUCUCUGCACCUGUGUUCGAUGGAGGACGAUGCUCGAAACCAGGCACUGAGAGGAACUCCACACUACGACCGUUUAGCUAAAGUCAGACCUCUGUAUGAACUGAUGGUCACCGCCUGCAGAGAUAACUAUCACCCCAACAUCAACAUCUCCAUCGGUGAAAGAAUGGUGGCCUCAAAAGCCAGAAUUGCACUAAAGCAGUACGUUAAAAACAAGCCGACCAAGUGGGGAUAUAAACUGUUUGUACUCGCUGACUCGGACACUGGCUACACAUGGAACUGUUUUAUGUACGAGGGAAAAGCUUCGCUGUCUGGGAAAGGACUGAGUUAUGAUUCUGUGAUGUCUCUGUUGAACAUGGAUGGUCUGGGCUCGGGGUACCACCUCUAUGUGGACGACUUUUACACAAGCCCCCAUCUAUUCAGAGACCUGUUCGCACGACAUAUCGGGGCGUGUGGCGCUAUUAAAACCAAUCGGAUUGGAUUUCCCAGAACCAGCAGCAAUAAUCUGAGCAGAGUCGAUCCUCGAGGCAGCGUCCGCUGGAUCCGAGAGAAUGAGCUGCUGUUUGUGAAGCGGAAGGGCACGCGAGAGCAGGUGUUCUGUUCCACUCUGCACACCAUGUUCAGUGGAGACGCUGCACAAAGACCGAGGUCUCUGCUGUACGUGCCCCUCCCAGCUGCAAUCAAGGACUACCGCAGUCACAUGGGGGGCGUGGACCUGUCGGACGCUCUCAUUGGCUAUUUCACUGUGCUGCACAGAACCAGUAAGUGGUACCGCACACUGUUUUUCCACUUCCUGGACAUCGCGAUAGUGAACGCCUCCGUCCUGUACAACGCAACCCACGCCGACAGGAAACUGAGCCAGUUACAGUUUCGAGAAGAACUCAUUUCUCAGUUGUAUCAGUACGAAAGUCCUUCGACCGCAGCAAAGAGAGCACAGACUCAGAGCUCCGCCUCCGCACACAUCCCACUGUUCUUCAACCAAGGGAAAGACAUCGACAGAGCCACGGCCGCCACGGUCGGCAGACGACGCUGUAAACUGUGCCACAAGAGGACGCCACUGGGAUGUGAGUUGUGCGCCGUCCCUCUGUGCCUCAUUCCCACCAGGAACUGUUACCAGCAGUGGCACCAGAGCCGAGGACUGCUCUGA